GGAAGUGAUCUGAGGGCUGCGGGGAAGGAACACCGACUCCGACUCCGACUCCGGAUCUCUGGCUUUCCAGAAGUCUCAACGCAGCUAGACGUGACUCGACAUCAUCCCUUCGACUUCCGCCCAUCUUCCGCCUCUCUCACGGCUCUUCCCGCUCUCAGGGCGACAGUGGAGGCUUAGAGUUGGGCGAUAGUGUUAAUAAAGUGAUGCCGAAGGUGGUCUCCCGCUCGGUGGUGUGCUCGGACACCCGGGACCGAGAGGAGUACGACGACGGUGAGAAACCUCUUCACGUCUACUACUGUCUGUGCGGCCAGAUGGUGCUAGUCCUGGAUUGCCAGUUAGAGAAAUUACCCAUGAGGCCCCGGGACCAAGCCCGGGUGAUUGAUGCAGCCAAACAUGCCCACAAGUUCUGUAACACGGAAGAAGAGGAGAGUGUCCAUCUCCGGAGGCCCAAAGGCAUAGAACGACAAUUCCGGAAGAAGUGCGGAAAGUGUGGCUUGCUGCUCUUUUACCAGCACCAGCAGAAGAAUGCUCCAGUGACCUUUAUUGUGGAUGGAGCGGUUGUCAAGUUUGGGCAGGGCUUUGGGAAAACCAACAUAUACAGUCAAAAACAAGAGCCUCCUAAGAAGGUAAUGAUGACUAAGCGCACGAAGGACAUGGGCAAAUUCAGCUCCGUCACCGUCUCCACCAUCGAUGAAGAAGAGGAGGAGAUUGAGGCUAGAGAAAUUGCUGACUCAUAUGCACAGAAUGCCAAAGUGAUUGAAAAACAGCUGGAGCGGAAGGGCAUGAGCAAGAGACGGCUUCAGGAGCUGGCUGAGCUAGAAGCAAAGAAAGCCAAGAUGAAAGGGACCUUGAUUGACAACCAGUUCAAAUGAUGGUAGACCUUGCUUGGGGCCAGUCGCAAACUUCCUGAACAUGGGCGCACUGGUUACCACCACAACACACAACAAAAGUGGAUCCUAUUUUCCAAAAUCUAAAGAGUUCUCCCUGCCUCCUGCCCUGUGUGCUCAUGAUCUAACAGCAUUAAUCCCAACCUAGAGAAGGAUUCCUAACAUCUGGCUCCACUCGUUUUUUUUUUCCUAGACUUUUUUUUUGUCCAGUUGGUGUCUUACUUACAUUUCUCUGUUGAAGUUAUGGGAACAUAGAACAAUGUCUGAAUUCCUUUGUCUUUGAAGGUAAUUGUUUUUACUGUCUUCCUUUGAACUUAAUACAAAAUAAAA